AAUUUUGCUUAAAUUGGAAUCAAUGUUCAUAAAUAUUUUAGAAGAGCGAGCCACGUUAAAGGAAUGUAAACCCAAUCUGUUCGUCGUUAUCCUUCCUUCAUAAGAUUAAUUUCAUUUUCAUGGCAUGUCCAAGAAUGCCUACUGAAAUUCAAAGAUCAGGUUUUCGUUCUCCAAACUAUAACUGAAAUUCAAUCGAGGUUGAAUUUUUUCACGGAAAUCCGCCAACAUGCAUCGAGGAUCAGAAUCAAACCGCCAGCGAUGGAAUUUCUAAAGAAGUAGCCUCUUCAUUUGCAAUUUUGCUUCGCAAAUCGAAUUAUACCGUGUUAUUGGAUCCGUGUCCAUGGAUUCUUGGCCCAGAAUUCCCUCAUUCGUUUGCUUCUUUCAUCUCCUACUCUUGCUAUGCUCUCAGGUUUCAGCUUCAACAAGCCCUAAUUAUGGGAUUGAUAAAGUGUCUCUGGAUGUUUACUAUGAAUCCCUCUGUCCAGACAGUGUGGAAUUUAUAAAGGACAAUCUGAUUGAGUUGUUUGAGGAUGGGCUCGUCUCCAUAGUUGAUCUGAGAUUAGUUCCCUACGGCAAUGCAAGGCUCGGUCGAAACAGUUCCAUCACUUGUCAGCAUGGGCCUAAUGAAUGUCUUCUGAACACUGUGGAAGCCUGUGCUAUUCAUGCCUGGCCUGAGUUGACAGGGCAUUUUCCUUUUAUUUACUGUGUUGAGGCUGUGGUGUACGACCGGAAGUUUACCCAAUGGGAGACUUGCUUCGAGAAAUUGGGAUUGAAUUCUAAGCCUAUUUAUGAUUGCUAUUCUUCUGGGCUUGGAAAAGAGCUUGAACUACAGUAUGCAGUUGAAACCAACAAUCUUCAGCCUCCUCAUAAAUACGUUCCUUGGGUUGUUGUUGAUGGACAACCACUUUAUGAGGACUAUGAAAACUUUGUUAGCUAUAUCUGUGCGGCGUAUAAAGGUUCUUCUGUGCCAACCGCUUGUAGAGCUAAAUCCCUUAGUGCCAUUUAAAGAGGUAGAAAAGAAAAGCUCAACAUGCUUCGAAGAAAAAGAUAAUGUUGUUGGUUUUAUCUGUCUGGAAUAAAAGUAUUUUGCAUUUCAAUAAUAUUUUUGUAAGAUAGAUAGGGGAAAGACUCAAUACAUAAGGAGAAAGGAUUAUAAUGAGAAUAAAUUCUUAUUGAUGAUUUUACAGUUAA